UUCACAGCGGCAGUUAGUUUCCAUAACAACGUGUAAACACAUCUGAAAAGGUCGAAAUAAAUACGUAAAAUACAAAAAGAAAACACGGGAUACGAUGUAAACAAAUUGUGUAGCUAUAAGUGAAAAUGAGCAAGACAGAUACAACAUCUGUAGCAGAGGCCUUCAUACAGUUCCAAAUUCAGGUUAAAAAGAAAGAAAUUCAAGAUUUUAAGGACGAAAUGUUUCAACUAGAAGAUAAGCAGCAACAACUGAUAAAGCUGCAGGAGCAGCUGAGAGAAAAGCAGACGCGUCGCGUGCGUGAGCUAAAUAAACAGAUAAAGGAGCGGGAGAGGAACCUGGAGCAAAAGCAGCGGGAAGAUGAAGAGCAGGUGAAGAACAUGGCUCAAGAGAACCUGGAGAUAAAACAAGAGCAAGAGAAAGAACUAGAAGAACUGCGCUGUAAACUUGCAAGGCUGCAGGUGCAAGUGGAGGAACUGCAGAAGGAAAGGCAGGAAUGGCUUCAGUACAAGAACGAGGGCAGCUUGAAAGACCAUCAAAAGAUAGAAAAACUGGAAAAAAACAUUGCCUCUACACAAAAGAUUUUCCAGGAGUUAUCAGAACAUUUUCAGAGAUCUCUGGUUGCAAUUGUUGAAGAAACUGAGCAAAAGAUAUCACAGAGUAUUGCGGGUGUAAAUCAGCUUGCCUUUAAGAGAGCAGCUGAAAACCUUAAUAAUGACAGUAAAUUAAUGAUUGAAGAACAUGUUUGCCUGAAUGAACAGGUUCCCCUAUAUAAUAAGGAGAUCGCAGUGUUGGAAUCCACCGUCCAGCAGUUAGAAGAGGAAAACCUAGAACAUGUUAAUAAUAUUUUCCAAAUACUCCGUAUGGCUGAUCCUCAGUUCAGCCAAGAUAAUGAAUUGCUUACGCAAUCUGCUAGCCUUGGGUCCCAUGAAACCAGUAGUAUGGAAAGGAACAUAAUGAAAAUAAGCCUUGAGGAAACGUCAGAGUUGGUCAACAGACCCCCGUAUCCCCACCAGCCGUUAGAGGAAGCUGAAGGGGCUCAACAGGAAAGAGAUGUGACCGCCUCUGAUGGCACAACUCCUUCCACUCCACCUGACCUCAGCAAGACUAAUUUCAAGGAGCCGAUGCAUCUGGACUUGCUGGGGCGCAGGCUGCUGUGCGUGAUAGGUAAAGCAUCCCCCCUGCACCCACCGCCUAAUGACCCCAUGGAUGUGAGCGAAGAGAUGACCUUUGACCUGUUGCAAACUGCAAAGUGGCCAAUUACAACAAAGAUCAUCAAUAGCAAGUUUCAGCAAUCAGAUUCACAGUCUGGAGAAUCUGAUGCAUCUUUAUACAACACCUGUGAAAUUCAGCAGUUAUAUGUCAAUUAAAAUACAAGAAUGGCAAAUAAUUUCCAUGGAUUCCAAAAAACAAUUAUAAACACACACUAGGGCUGAGCGGUUCUUGGUAAAAAAAAUUAAACUGUACCGUUCACACACGGUUCGGCACGCA